GACACGUUGUCAAGCAUGGCACCGGCUAGUGGCGUUCGAAAGAAAGGUGCUGCUGCCGGCAGGCUUCCCGGGACCCGGGCACUGACUGACGCUUUGAAGGGGGCCUGGCAAAACAAACAGCAGCUACUGACGGACCCCCGGCACACCGCGUUGCUCGGUGUCUUCCUGUGCUUGGCGGAGGUGGGGGUCACCCACUGGGUCAUCCAGAGAGUCCCCUACACUGAGAUCGACUGGAAAGCUUACAUGGAUGAAGUUGAGGGUGUGUUGAAUGGCACAUAUGAUUAUACCCAGUUAAAGGGGGAGACUGGACCCCUUGUGUAUCCUGCAGGAUUCGUAUAUAUUUUCAGUAUAUUUUACUACCUAACAGAACAAGGUAGCAACAUUCGCCUGGCUCAGUACAUCUUUGCUGCCCUUUAUCUUCUAACACUGUUCUUUGUGUUCCGUAUCUACGUCGUCACCAAGAAGGUGCCCCCCUAUGUGUUUUUUUUCAUGUGCUGUGCCUCCUACAGAGUGCACUCUAUCUUCUUACUGCGGCUCUUUAAUGACCCUGUGGCAAUGGUUAUCCUUUUCUUCUCUAUCAACCUCCUGCUGCAGGAUCACUGGAAUUCGGCAUGCUUCUUCUAUAGUCUGGCUGUGUCAGUUAAGAUGAAUGUGCUGUUGCUGGCUCCUGGAUUGCUUUAUCUUCUGCUCUGCCGGUUUGGCCUACUGCACUCCAUCCCCAAACUUUGCAUUUGUGCAGUACUUCAGGUGUUAUUGGGCCUCCCAUUCCUACUGGAAAAUCCCACUGGUUACCUUAUCCGCUCCUUUGAUUUUGGAAGGCAAUUUCUCUUUCAGUGGACAGUGAAUUGGCGUUUCCUUCCAGAGUUUGUGUUUCAGCAUCGAGCAUUUCAUCUGGCACUGCUUACAGCUCACCUUGCAACCCUUCUGCUGUUUUGUGUGCACCGUUGGCCCCGAUCUGGACAAAGUCUCUUAGCGCUACUGAAGGAUCCAGCACAGAGGAAACCUUCAUCACACAGGCUAACAGCAAAUAAGAUAAUAUUUGUGCUGUUCUCCAGUAACUUUCUAGGAGUAAUGUUUAGUCGCUCUCUGCACUAUCAGUUCUACGUGUGGUAUUUUCACUCACUACCAUAUCUCCUGUGGUGCACUGGCACCAGAAUACUUCCAGGACUUGCUAAGAUUUUGAUUCUUGGCCUGAUUGAACUGUCUUGGAAUACAUUUCCCUCCACUGCACUCAGCUCAGGCACACUCCAUCUGUGUCAUGGAGCAAUUCUCUUGCAUUUAUGGUUUGGUGUUCCGCCCGAUGAGACAUGGGCCCCUCGUCCCACAACGCAUACACCUACCAAGAGAAAGGACUAAGUAUUCCUAUUGAAUUGCAGCCAUCCUGCAGAAAACCACACCGUUUUGCAGUUCCAAACACAAUGUUAAAGCAAAUCAAAGAAAAGUGGUACAUAUAAGAAUGAUUUAUUUUUUUGUGCGAGAGGUAUUGUCUUUUUUCCUAAUAAAUAAGGAUAGUGUCUCUAA